GUGAGCGCGCCUUCGUGCGCACGAGCAGUCCUGUUUGUUUGUGUUGAGAUAUUGGAAAUGGCGGAGAGCAGAGACCAAAGCGAUAACUUGGUUUAGCAAACGCGAAUGCACCGUCAUUUAUAUGCAGAAAUCAACCGCAAGUGGUUCUCGGAGUUACUUACGAUUCGCUGCUACCGACAGAAUACAAGUCGCGCCACGGAGUGAAGGAUUUUCGGUGCAAGGUUUGGAUUUAGCAAACUGGUCAGCUAGCUAAGCUAACCGAGCUAGCAACCUGGCUUUAGCUAACUUCAAGUCGUGUGCGAUUUCAACCACGCAGGCUUGUUUGUCAACAUAAGCUGACGUUAAAUUGACAACAAGCCAGCUUACAUACAACUCUUGCCCAGUUUCCAAGCUAACUUACACGUGUCCAGUACAUGGUAGCCACAGCUGACCGCAAAAUGAUCAAUUCACACUAAGUGGAUUAAAAAAAAGUGAGACAUCUGACUAUCCUUGUCGCGACCAAGGAGUAAGUUAAGCUGGUUAGCUUAGUAGCUAACUCGCUUGUUUCUCACACGGUCAAAGCUGCCUUUUGCAUGGGAAUUAAUCACCCAGAACGACAAAUUGAAGCAGGAUUUUACUGGAAGGAUAAUUAGCUACAAGCUGAACAGAGGCCAACAGGCUUCUCCUGCACCAGGGAUGCUGCCAUGUGACGGGGCGGCCUCAGAGCCAUAACCCCACCAUCAGCGCUCCGUCAUCUCCACUUAAAGCUGUUUGCCCACCGCUGACACCACCUGCAGCGUCUGCUUCUUCCCCCUCAGCUUUGCUCAGAGCUCUGAACAAAGCCACCACAGCUGCCACAUGACUCAUCCACUGGAGCCCUAGAUCAAGUCAGUUUAAAAAUGAGUGCAGUAGGGGAAAGCCCCCUGGACCCUGCCACGUCAGAGUCACGCAAGAGGAAGGGCUCACCAUGCGACACAUCGGGGCAAAGUGUGGAGAAGCGGAGACGGGAGCUGGAGUGCCGCUACAUCGAGGAGCUAGCCGAGCUGCUGUCCUCCAACAUGGGUGACAUCGCCAGUCUCAGCGUCAAACCCGACAAGUGCCACAUCCUAAAGAGCACCGUGGACCAAAUCCAGCAGAUCAAACGGCGCGAGCAGGAAAAAGCUGCUCUUCUUUCUCCAGAUGAUGACGUGCAGAAGAGCGACAUCUCCUCCAGUAGUCAGGGGCUGGUGGAGAAGGAGGCGCUGGGGCCCAUGCUGCUCGAGGCCCUUGAUGGAUUUUUCUUUGUGGUGAACCGCGAGGGCCGCAUCGUCUUUGUUUCAGAGAACGUGACAAGUUACCUUGGAUACGCCCAGGAGGAGCUGAUGUCAUCAAGUGUCUACAGCAUCCUUCAUGUGGGAGACCACAAUGAAUUUGUUCGUAAUCUGCUGCCUAAAAGCCUCGUAAACGGCAGCCCGUGGCCCCAGGAACCUGGUCGCAGGAACAGCCACACCUUUAACUGUCGCAUGCUGAAGAGGCCGCCGGACGAGGCGGACUCGGAGAACCAGGAGGCCCGACAGCAGUAUGAGAUCAUGCAGUGUUUCACGUUAUCUCAGCCGCGGGCCGUGCAGGAGGAGGGAGAUGACCUGCAGAGCUGCCUGAUCUGCAUCGCCUGUCGGAUGCCUCGGCCUCAGCCUGUCAGCACCGAGUCCUUCAUUACGAAGCAAGACCCCACAGGGAAGAUAAUCUCCAUAGAAACCAGUGCUUUGCGAGCAACAGGCCGGCCUGGCUGGGAGGACCUGGUCAGAAAGUGCAUCUACGCAUUUUUUCAGCCGCAGGGCAAAGAGCCCUCCCACGCCAAGAAGCUGCUGCAUGAGGUGAUGACCCAUGGCACUGCUAUCAGCCCGCUGUACCAUUUCACAUUAAGCGAUGGCACCCCGCUCAGCGCUCAGACCCGCUGCAAGUUCUGCUGCCCCCCCAACCCUGACGUACAGCCCUUCAUUAUGGGCAUUCACACUAUUGACAGGGAACACAACACUGCUAGCUCUCAGGAAAACACUAACCCCAGCCUUCCAUCGACCCCCAGCAGUAUUGCUCAGACUCCCUCCCGAUCUCCUUCGCUUCCUCCCAGCAGCAACUCAAACCAAGGCUCAAGCCUUCAAACCAACAACAGCAACACCUCCUCCCUCGGACACAGCCCAGUCACACCUGCAGGCUACUUGACGCCCAGUCGGACAAAUUGUCCCCUGCAGGUCAGCAGCCCCUCCCCUCUGAGCAGUCCACACACAGCCACCCCUACCUCUUUUAUGUCACCCAGGAUGCUGCGGGCUAGUCCUGGGUUAGGGGGAAGCCCUCGGGUACCAGGGAACCCCUUCUCUCCCUCCACGCCGGGCCUCCAUUCCCCAGCGGGGGCUCUAAGCAGUGGAGGCAGCCUCAGCAGACAGCAGUCUGGUGGUGAUGGUGGUGUUAGCAGUGGAUCAGGGUCUUUCUCCCUGUCCUCUCCUGUACUUCAUAGACAAGCCAGUACACCCACGAGCUCCUCUACGCAGCCACCGUCAGCAAAGCCCUCAGAGGGAGGGGAGGAAGGGGGAGAAGACUCUACUAAAGCUCCCCUUCCUUCUGUCUCACAGCUGGGUAAUCCCAGACUCAACCAGCUCCUGGAUAGCAGUGGGACAGGAGUUGAAUCCAACAGCAACAUCCACUGCACCUCAUCACCUCAUCCUCCUAACCCCUCUCCAGCCCCCCAGUGCCCAGCCUCCCACAGCAGUCUGACAGAACGACACAAGAUCUUGCACCGGCUGCUCCAGGACAGCAGCCCCAAUGAUGCCUCCACCACCACCGAUGACGGAUUAAACAAAAACGAAAUUGAAAUCAAGAAGGAGCCGCCUGCCAGUCCGGCACGGAGUACAGCACCUCACAAGUCCAGUUCCAGAGAGCCGCAGGAUCACCAGUUACUUCGCUUUCUCCUGGAUACUGACGAAAAGGACUUGGGGGACCUCCCACCUCCAUCGGCUCUGAGCCUUCAGACAGUUAGAGUAAAGGCAGAGAAAAGAGCCAGCGGGGAGGGACUGGCCUGUUCUGGAUCAGCUGGAGGUGCAUCCAAACUUACAGGAGUUUCCAGCAGCUCCGCUUGCAUCAACCCCAAAUCGAGUCCUGUCGGAGAGAACCGUCGAGACAGCCGCAAGGACAGUAGAGACUCCAUGAUUUCUACUGGAUCUGUAGAUAUGGACCCUUUCCACCAGCUGCUGCCUGCCCUGAGAGGCCCAGUUGGGGCCAAACCAGGCAGUGAGGACUCAGUAAACCCUGGAGGAGGCCCCCAGCUCCAGUCUCCAGCCACCCAGCUCCCUGCUCAGCUCCAGUCCCCUGUGCCUCAGCUGCAGUCCCCCCUGUCCCAGCCCCUUUCCCAGUUGCAGUCCCCAUCACCUCAACUCCAUUCCCCUUCCCCCCAGCUCAAACUACAGUCACCCACACAGCUCCAGCCUGGCGAGGCCAGCACUCCCCGCAAUAUAAAUGUGAAGAGAGAACCUCCCGGUACUCCAAACAGAGGGCUCGUUGAUGGUGGCCCACCCUCUGGUUGCAGCCUCCAGAGUCAGUCAUCGUUUGAUUUCUGCAAUCCCGCCACUCCAAGCCAACAGCAGGGCCAGGGAGACCCGUUCCAGACCUGCAAAGACAGCAGCCCAUUUCCAGAGACAGAAAUUAUCAACCCGUUCAGUUCAAGCACUGGCCUAACCAAGAUGGACAUGGGAGACUCCCAGUUCCAGUCUCUGGCUUUGUCAGACACCUUGUCUUUUGAUGGGCUUGGGACCCCUUUACAGGCUUCGUUAGCAUCACCACAAGAGCAGUGUGUGCCAUGCACGUUGGACGAAGUGCUCGGCCCUCCGACCACACCUGAGGCCCGAAGCGACGAGAAGGCUCUGUUAGAGCAGCUCGUCUCCUUCCUCAGCGGCACCGAUGAGAGCGAGCUGGCAGAACUGGACAAAGCCCUGGGUAUCGACAAACUAGUACAGGGUGGCUGCUUCGACCCUUUGCCUCAAAGUUUCCCACUCCAGCAGCCCUCUGCCACCCCAGUUUCCCUGGACCCUAAGCUCUCCACUUACCCUCCCCAGUUUACACCAACUCCACAAGCUCAGUUUCCUCCAGAACUGGCCACGGUGGGGCCACAGGGUUUGGGGUUUGGAGCCCCUCGGGGGUCUUUCCCAGGCGGGAACGCAAACAUGGGGUUGAGGCCGGGGAUGACCAGGCCGCAGGGGAUGGCCACCCAGCCCAGGCUGCCACCCAACCAACUACGCCUGCAGCUGCAGCAGAGACUGCAGGGGCCACAGCAGAUCCAGAACAGGCUGGCAGCCAUGAAUCCAUUUCCAGGAGGAGCCCAGCAAGUCAACCUGGGGAUUCAGCAGGGGGUCCAGCAACCCCAGAUCCCCUCACAACCUCCACUGAAUGCUCAGAUGCUGGCCCAGCGUCAGAGGGAACUCUACAGCAUCCAGCACCGGCAGCGCCAACGCCAACUUUUCCAGCAGAAGGUCAUGCUGAUGAGACAGAACAUGGCAGGCGCUCCAACCGGGACGGCCAGGGUCCCGAAAGGACCACCAACAACGUCUCAGCAGCCGUUCAACUUCCCACCAGGGUACAACCCCAUGACGGGAAACACCCCUACCUCACCAAGUCACUUCAGCCCCGUCUCUGGGGGCCCUCUGGACAGCAAGCUGUCCAUCCGAGUUCCUCUGAACAACCAGACACUGAUGGGUGGCGUGCAGGGCCAGUUCAACAACACCGUCAACUCCUCAUUGCAGCAGGGCCUGUUCCAGCAGUUUGGAGGGUCCACUGUGGUCCAACAAGACUCAUCAUUUCCUCCUGAGAUGAGCCCGACCAGCCCAUUGUUAUCACCUCAAAACUCCACCUCCCAGAAUCCUCUGCUUCAGCAGACCCCACCUCCUGGCUACCAGUCACCAGACAUGAAGAGCUGGCAACAAACAGGCAUGGACAGUCUGUUCAGUCAGUCAGGGCAGAGCGCAGGGCAGCCGUUUGGCCAGCAGGGAGUUUACAACAACAUGAGUAUCACCGUGUCCAUGGCUGGAGGUUCGGGCGGCGUCGGAUCAUUGCCUCCCAUAGGGCAGACGGUCAGCAUGAGCAACAGCAACCUCAACAACGCGGGUUCGGUGUGCAGCGAGCAGCAGGUGCAGCAGGUUCAGGUGUUUGCAGACGUCCAGUGCACAGUGAACCUCGUUGGCAGCGACUCCUACCUGAACCAAGGCUCCAUCGGAGUCACGACCACCCAGAAGGGCCCGGGAACGCAGGGCUCUCAGAACAACCAGGCCCAGCAGAAGAGCCUCCUCCAGCAGCUCCUCACCGAGUGACACCUCCACCCCGUCAGCUCUCCUGCUCCCUCUACUCCUCACUUCUACGCCACCUUGGAGUUCGGCGCACCGGACCCAUUGCUGUCUCUGUCUCACCUUUUAUCGGAUGAAUGGAUGGAUGUUUGUUUGGAUGGCCACAGAGUAAGCUCAGAGAGGUGUGGCUGUCAGUGGAGCUACGCAGCCUAACCACUUCUUUGCAGAGGGAUUCAGGGCCGGUUGUUUUACCGCCCAGUACUUAAAGAAAGUCAGAAGGAGCAGCAGUGUAUUUAAACCUGCCUGUCUAAUCUGUCUGACAACCUGUCUGUCUGCCUCAGCCUAUUAAAGGCAGUGUUGUCUUGCUGCUCAUUCCUUGGUGACCUACUUCCUGCUUCCUGACCCAAGAACACAACUGCGACGUCAUUGUAAAUUUGCCAAGUUGUCGUCACUGUUAAAUCAGGGCCGACCUCCUUUGUUUGUUUGUUUUUGUUGUUUUUGGGGGGGGUUUGUCAGGCCAUUGCAACAGCAGUAUCUUGGAGCAUGUGCUGCAGGAUGUGGGGGUAUCCCACACUGCAGCACCUCUGGCUUUUGUUUUUGUUUUGGGUGUUUGUUUUUUUUGUCCUCCUCUACCUGUUUCUCAGCGAUGUGGGAAUGUUAAGGUUUCAGACCUCUGCAGCAUUGUGGGAUAGAAGCCCAGUAUCAGCUGGUUCUGUUACUGGUUCUCUCUGUUGGCCACAGUGCCUGGUGGAAGUGUGAGUUCUUCCCAAGCUCUGCUUCUUCUUCUACAUAUUCUAUUGCGUCUUCUGUUAUUUUUGAGGGGUUUAUUUGAAUUGUUUUAGUUGGAAAAUCUUCUGCUCUCACCGUCAUCAUCAUCAUCAUCAUCUUCAUGAUCUUCAAAACAAGCUUGGACAACAACCAGAAUGGAUGGUAUUGAUGGAUGGAUGGGAGACAGAUGGGAUGCUGCUCAGUUUGGAACUUAAUUGUCUUUCUCCUCUCCGGGAGGAAGUUUUAUUUUUAUUUUUGUCAAAGUAUAAAGAAAGACUGUUAUGAUUAUUUAACUGUCUGUCCGUCACAUUUUACCCUCACCUCAGCAGCUGUGAAUACAGAGCCCUGAUGGGCUCUCUCUCUCUCUCUCUGUAUCUUCAUGCUAUCUCUCGGCCUAUCAGUGUUGUUUGCCAUGUGCACCAUGCAGGCGGGUAGUAUUGUACAGCACGGAUGGACAAAGACUUUGGGAUGAGCUCACUCUUUUGUUGUAACUGCUUUCCUUAAGAAAAAAGAAAUUGUAAUUAAUUGAUUACUCAAAGCAUCAAAACUACAUUUAAUGUGAUUCAAUCCAUUUUUCUUUUGUUAGUUUUUCUUAAAGUUACCAAGGAGAUAAUUUUUUUGUUAUAUUAUGGCAUAAUACAUGUUGCAGUGGAGCAGGAAGUUAUUCUAUCUUCCAAAAUGUGAAAGUAAAUUCACCAAUUUAAAUUUUUCUAAACUAUAGCUAGACCCUCCCUCCUUCUGGCCAACGCUCUGAGCAUCCACGCU